AUGCCCAUCGAUCUCCUCUGUCAACACCAAGCUCGUAUUAGCGCUGCCGCCGGCGGGGAAAUCAAGGUCCGCGGCAAGCCGGUCACCACCCAGUAUUUCUCUUCCAGUCCCAGCCUCCAAGACUGCCAUGAGAAGGCCACACACCUUGAGGAAAGAUGCGCAAACUUGCAGCAGAAUUACGCGGACUUGGCCGCGCAGCAAAAACGCAUGCAGUGGGCGCUGACUGUUAUCUCGGCGCUGCCAAUCGAGUUCGUCGAUAAACAACAACAGUUACCUGUGAAGGCCGCUAUCGCCAACUAUAUUGGCGACGAAGUUUCUAUUAUUGGCCUUAUAAUAAGAUGGGGGUUUAGGAAUUUGAAUCUAGAUAGGGAUAAUACUAUUAAAGUCUUCGAAGGACAGACCGAAGUUGGCGAAGUCGCAUCCGCAGACUUGAGGGAGGACAAACUGUUCGCCGUAGCCGGCCCCGGCGCCGGGGUCUUCAAAGGAUGGGAGUUGUACUGUGACAGCAGUGCUCUGAACACCAUACUUUCGCAAAUCACAAAGUUUGGUCCCCUCAAAGAGCAAGAGUUUGAGACUUUGCCGACCAUAACACAAGUAUCGGCCUUGUUUCAAAAAGAGAAUGACGCCAGGAGAGCUGUCGAGGUUCUCAAUCAGUCAUCUCGAUCAAGUUACGCCGACGCAUACCGAAAAGGGACUGGUUGUGCGGUUGCCUGGUUGGCUGUGAAGGGAGCGCGGCUCAAGGUUUUGUUCGUUCGUCCGAUGUUAUCGGUGACGGGUGAAGGGUGUCUGGGUCGCUGUGGUCUGGGCCCCGGCUGGAACUAUCAUGACAGGAUGGGCUUCCGAGAGGAAGAAAGAUUUCCGGUUAAUAAAGACGAGAGUACCUGGGACCGUCAAAGUGAAGUUGCUAGUGUCAGCUGGAAGCCAGUAAAGCCCCCGCUCGACCGUCAUACCAGGAACAUUGGCGAGCUUCUGUACUUCUUGGUGGACGAGCGAAGCGGUUCUAGUAGGGAGGGCUCGAUGGGUGCCCCGAUAAUGGACGCUGGUUGUCUACAAGGCGGAGAGCAUGGCUUCUGGCUGUAA